UGGGUACUGGUCUGUUUACUUCCUGCGGCUGUGGAACCUGUGACUGUCUUUCCCUGUGAUCUCGUCGUGUCGGUGAAGAUGGCCCUGGAGACGGUGCCGAAGGACCUCCGGCAUCUGCGGGCUUGUUUGCUGUGCUCCUUAGUCAAGACGAUAGACCAGUUUGAGUAUGAUGGUUGCGACAACUGUGAUCCAUACCUGCAAAUGAAGGGCAACAGAGAGAUGGUAUAUGACUGCACCAGUUCUUCAUUUGAUGGAAUCAUUGCAAUGAUGAGUCCAGAGGACAGCUGGGUCUCCAAGUGGCAGCGCGUCAGUAAUUUUAAGCCGGGUGUAUAUGCUGUGUCAGUCACUGGUCGCCUGCCCCAAGGAAUCGUGCGGGAGCUGAAAAGCCGAGGAGUGGCCUACAAAUCCAGAGACACGGCGAUCAAGACCUAGGUGCAGGCCACAGCGUCUUGCUCUCUACUUCAGUCUGUACUUGUUUCCCUGUGAGAUUAAACGGCGGAGCUCUGAACACUCCUGCCCUUGGAUCAGCAGACUUCUGUGAAAGCAUUGCAUCCGGCCCUUGAGUCAUCUCACUUUCUCUGACCACUGGUGUAGUGGGAGUGUCUGGCUUGGUGGAUUCUCAGAGGCUGUAUCAAGGAGAGAGUAAGAUACUGAUUUUCCUACCUCUGUUCAGGGCCUUGCCUUUGACCAUGGGCAGGACUUUGGUUCAAAUUCCAAUAAAAUGAACUUUGGGGAUAUACUUAAA